AUGUAUAGAAUCUUCUCGAACAUGUCAAACAAGGAAUAUGUUACCGUUGUUUUGGAUGUAUCCCACUAUAUGAACUCCAAAUCUAACGGCUCCUCUACGGAUUUCGAAACAGCGUUGCAAUUGGUGUUUAAGUACUUUAUUCAGCAGCUAUUGAAAAACAGAAAGCUGGACAGGUAUGCGUUCAUUCUAUAUGCCGCAGGUAGGAUAGAAUUUUUCUAUGAAAAUGAACCACUAUCGUUGAGCCAUGUCAAGGAGUUUUACAAACUGGCAAAAGAUGUUCACUUUGAUGAGGCAAAGGAAAAGUUACCAAAAAACCAUAUAUUGGAGGCGUUCGACAAAGCAUUGCUUAAUCAAAUAGCUAAUAAAUUUCGCAGAAACGUGUUUGUAGUCACUAAUGCAAGCAAUAAUAAGAUUCCUCAAGCCUAUAUCAACGAUCACGCGAAUUCAACUGCUAGUAUCAUCACUAAAUAUCCCAUCGAUUGUACCUUUGUCUUUAUGGAUAAUAUCGAUAGUUAUUCAAUUGAACAAUACUUUGAAACAGUUCCUCUGGUCCAAAAUCAUAUACAUCUCUACAAAUAUCAACAGUAUAAAAAGUUUGGUCCGGGACUCAAGUUAAUUAGUCCACGAUGUUUGUGCGAGACAUACAUGUCGUUUGCUAGAAUCGGCGGAUCAGAAAGCGAGGGAAUCAACUUUCGGAUACAAGUGUAUCCCGCAACAAAGGUACAAAGUUUAAUAAGGGGGCACGAGUACAUUGUAGAUCCUAAUAGGUUGGAAACAGCUAGGGUGAAAAAAGAAACAUCUUACUACAUAAACAAAAGCUCGACAAUCACCAACGAGAUCUUUGAUUUUGUUAAAGAUGAGGGUCACGAUAAUGCCGCUGUUGAUGGUGAGUAUGAAUACGAAGAAGGAAAGCAAAACGAGAAAAAAGAAUUAAAAUAUUCUGAAUUGUGUCAUGGGUUCAAGUAUUCGCAAAGAAAUGUGCUUGCCCUAGUACCGGAGCUAGAGCAAGAAGCAACUCUUGCGACUCUUCCUGGUAUAAACAUAUUGGGGUUUAUUGAUAUUGAUAAAUUGCCCAUAACUUACUACUCCGAUGAGUCUUUGUACAUUAUUCCUAGCAACAAAUUCUACAGCGAUAAUAGAAUUGCAUUUAAUUCAUUUGCCCAGUCCUUGAUGAAUCUCAAGUCUGCAGCAAUUGUGAGGUACGUACAAAAAGAAGAUGACGAAGUUCAGAUUUGUGCAGUUGUGCCUCAGUAUGUCAACAUUGAGAAGAAACAAGAGGAGAAAGAAGAGGAUAAAGUGAAAAUAGAAGUGAGGUACGGAAAUGAGGAUAUAGAAGAAGAAGAAGAAGAAAACGAAGAAGAAGAAAAAGAGAAGACGAAUAAAACUGGCCUUGUUUUGUUAAUGGUGAGACUAGCUAUGAAAGAAGAUGAAAUGGCGGGCCGGUUCCCGCCAUUGACAGAGAUGGAUCAUACACUGGCGGACUCUCAAAUGGAGGACUUUAUACGAUGCAAAAGUUUAGACAAUGAUCAAACAGAGCCCACUGUGAUAGACAACAUGAAAACAGGAUUGAUGGCGGCAAAGACACUUAGCCCUCCUGUAAGUAGUAAUUCGUCAUUAGAAAGAAUGCUUUUGUCUCAAUGUCCUUCCACUAAACGUUUCAAUUAUUACAUAGAAAAGCUAUUGUAUCAGUCCUUGGACAAAAAAUUAUUGCAAGAAUUUAUCAAGGAAGACGGAUUUAUUGAGAAGUAUCUUACCGGCGAUGAAGAACAUUCAUUGUUCAACAUGAAUGAUAUUCUCAAUGUUGGGGAAAAUUAUUUCCUCGAUGAGAGGAAGAUCGAAAAAUCUAAUGACAUUGCAAAUGAAUUAAAGAAACAAUUGGAUGUGAGCUUUAAACUCAAUGAAAGGAAACUGUACAAAAAGAAGAGAAAGUACGAAGAAGUUUUUGGUGCUGAGAGCAUUGAAGGGAAUUUCGACCAAUACUUUGAUGUCGACGAGAUGUUAAGUUAA